AUGUAUGAGGAGGAGGUUUGGACGAUAAUUGAUGGAGGCUCAUCGGGCAUUAUUCAUUUGGUCGAAGCGAACAAUCGAAAAACGGUCGUAAAGUCGAAUGCGAAUGAGAUCUCGAGGAAGAAUAUUGAAAGGGAAAAAGAAAUAAUGAUGAGAAUCAGCCAUGAUAAUAUUGUUGCCUACAUCGGGACUCGGGAUAUUGUGAUGGGAAUUCCGGGGUUUGGGAUCGAAUUGGAGUACUGCGAGAGGAGAAGUCUGAAGAGAGUGGUGCUCGGUUCAUCGAUUUCCUAUUCGAUCAAAACGGUGCUUUGCUGGGCUGAGCAGCUGUUCGAAGUGCUCGAGUACCUCGAUCAACGCUCAAUAGUUCACGGCGAUAUAAAGCUUGAAAACAUUUUUGUCAAGGAAAACUUCGAUUUGAAGGUCGGCGAUUUCGGGAGUACAAGAGAUUGUGAGGUCACAUGCUCGGGCACAUUUCACGGCACCCAUCGAUAUAUCAGCCCGGAUUUGAUCACGGAAAAUAUGUGUACUGAUCGAAAGAUCUCCCGUGCAAAUGAUGUCUAUGCGGUGGGAUUGGUGCUUUGGGAAACCCUCGAACGAAGUCGUGUCUAUGCGAAAUACGAUUCGAAGGAUAAUUUCAAUACGACACAAUUCUUUAUUGACAUCUUAUUCCGGGUUCUGCAGAAGUUGGAACCACCGACAUGCAUUGAAGAGUUGCAAAAGAUUAUUGUUAGUUGUUCGAGCUUUGAUCGUGGAUCUCGUCCUAAGCCUCAAGAUGUACUCAAGGCUGUGAAACACAUCCUAGAGGAAAACGCACUUGUGAAAGGAUACGAAUUUUUGCCAAUAAUCGAUGAAAAGCAAAGAGUUCUACUACCGCCAUUCGGGUCUGGGAGAAGUUUGGAUGACGAGAAGUCGAGCAGUUUCUUGGUGCCCGAUGGAGAAGAUCUACGAUCCAUGAUCGAUCCGAUGACAGAAGAAGUGCCAGAAAGCAACGACUCGCCUCGUCAAGAGUUCCACAUCCACAGGGCCCUGAACACUAAUUCGAAUUUGAGACGCUUCAAUCGGAUUGAAGAUGUUGGAAGAUUGACCACGAUAUUCAAUGAGAUGAGCAGCGAGAAUCAAAUCAAAUUCUAUCAAAUCCUUCCAAGAAUGAUCACCGAGGCCCAGCAAAAGGUCUAUUUCUUUCACGAACAUCUCGCAUUAACCACCCGAUUUAUGGACUUAGCGCAAUCAACCGAUCCAGUAGAGCUCUUCGAAGCGCUUUUGCUUGCCGAUUUUGCGUGGGAAGCCGAGGAAAUGAGCAGCUACUUUCAAGAACUCACAAAAGACACCAGGUUCUCGCUGUUCUGGAUAGAGUCCACGAAUAUGGCCUCAAAGAUUAGGGUAUUCGCGGCUGGAAAGACCUCAUUUUAUUUGACGCGCUUCUACUUUGAGUGCUACUUCUCAACGGUGCUCAAAGAGGAGUGGCUGCUCGUCGAAGGGCACGACAACAUUCAAGAGAUCGUAUUGAUGGUCACGAAGGAUCUGAGUAAAGCCCAGUAUCUGAAGGGACACUGGCACCGCGGGAAGACGUUCAUCGCGAAAGACUGCCAGAGUGAUGUCCACGUAAGUUAUGGAGUGAUUACAUUCACGAGCCACGCCGAUCAACUGCAUUUCACCGGCAAUUACCCAAUCGAUCCGUAUAUGAUGCUAGAAGCGUUUACCAGGGAACGAGAAAAGUUACUGAAUCAGGCAGUGAUUAUUAGAAAUAAAAUGCGGAGACUGAAUGAGAUUCGUUCCAUACCAAAAUUCCUGGAUAUUGGAUCAAAGCUGCCGAUUCCGAGCUAUAUUUUUCAACUACGAAAUCCUCCCCGAAUACCAUGUCGUCAUAAAGGAAUUUGCUCAAAAAAGCAAUGGCCAAAAGACACUUUUACCGAGAGAGUAAACAUUAGUGGAAGUUUUCCACCAAAACUUUUUAUUGACUACUUUGAGUGCACGACAAAAGAAGAGCUACAAUACUUAUCCAACUUUUUCGUUGUUUGGAACGAUUUGGGCACAGCGCUGGAGCAGUUUUCGUCGUAUCUCAACAAAUCUCAGCGUAUCUUGAUGUAUGCGGAGAAUUUUUCAUUUGAGAAAAAUAAUUAUUUCCCGACGCUUUUCGUGCCGAACUUUCAGGAGGAAAAGGGCCAUUUAGUGCUUUUGGAUCAUCCGGUCAAUUACGAGAAUUUCGAGACGAUUCCCGCGUUUAGUGUCCGAUUCGCUCAGAACAUAGACUUGUUAAUUGGGAAAAUCCAUGAGUUACCUGUCAGGCAAUUACGAAGAUAUUUACGGGAUUUGCCCGUCGAAAAGCACAAAUUCCUGUUGAUUGAUCCUGAGAAAGAACCGAAAGAAUCGCCGCGACCCUCAAAGUUUUGUCUCGUCGAUCACGAGGGAAAGCAGAUCUUCCUCUCGAGAAUAUUGUUUCGAGGGAAAACAGAG